CCCUUUUUUUCCUCCCAGAGUCCAUUGAUUUUAAAAUCGCUGAUCAGAAAUCAGCAGGCGUGCUCCUAAUUCACGGCCUCGCCAAAGAGGGGGUGUCGCUGGGAAACAGAUUCAAAGUCAGUUUUUAGCGGCGAAUCGCCGGGCCGUCUGCCAUUCCCGGUCACGAGGCGUUACUUCCUGCGACAACCAGGCCGAAAAGUAAACACAAAUCGAGGGUGGAAGCAGCAUUUUUUUUUUUGUAGCUUGGAAAUGUGCAAAUGUAGCUGGUCAGCAAGUGUCUCCUAACGUGUGACCCGUCCGAGAAAGCUAAAACCGGUGUGCUCAGAAAGACGAGCAGACGCCCGCGGUGAGUUGCGGGGAAGUUUUAACGGGAAUUGUACGACAUGGAGACCGUGUGUUUCCGGUUACCGGGACACGGGGACAUGACCCUGAAGCACAUGAACUCGCUGCGGUUCCGGCAGCAUUUCUGCGACAUCACCAUCGUGGCCAGCAACAACCAGACGUUCAAAGGUCACAAGGUGGUGCUGGCCGCCUGCUCGCCCUUCCUGCGAGAUCAGUUCCUCCUCAACCCUUCGUCCCGGCUUCAGGUGUCGAUGCUGUACAGCUCCUCGGUUGUGUGCGAUUUGCUGCAGUCGUGCUACACCGGCAUGCUGCAGUUCAGCCCUGAGGACAUCGUCAACUACCUGACCGCUGCCAGCUACUUCCAGAUGGAGCAUAUCGUGGAGCGUUGCAGAGGGGCGCUAGAGAAAUAUGUGCAACUAAAGAACACCAGUCCUCUGAAAGUCAGUGACGAGGAAGGUCAGGCCAGGCCGGUUCUUCUCAGUGCCAACGUUCAUUCUGUUGCGUCACCCCUGAACAGUCGAUCCUCCCCCACGGAGCAGCACAGCCCCGCCGUCAUCACGCUUGAGGAGGAGAACAGCGAAACGUCGGCUCAGGACAGCACCCAACAUCACAGCGACAGCCCCUUGCCGGACGAGCCCGACCUCAAGGUAAACGAGGGCGAGGAGGAGGAGAACCGGCCGGAGGACUACAACGUGUUCAGGGUGUACAUCCCGGAAGACGAGCUGACCAACCGGGACGGGGAGGCGGAGAAGGGAGAUCCCGCCGACCUUCCCCAGGACGUGUGUUACCCCGAGCCCGACCGGAUCUUCAUCUCGGGCGACGGCAGCGAGUGCGACCUGGACUCGGCGGAGGACCUGAGCUUCGCGGGCCUCCGCUCCUUCAGGCCGAGGCUGUCCGAGCCCAAAGCGGGCCGCGGCAGGGGGCGGGGCAGAGGACGGGGGUUCAAAAAGCGGAAGUGGGCUUCGUCCCACGAGAGGAGGUCGCCGAACUUGGCUCUCCGCCAGGACCUGUGGUACGCCGCCACCGCCGGACUGGGAGGGGGGUUCGGCCUGGACUUCAGCCAGGAGGAGCUGAAGACGGCGGGGAACUAUUUAGUGGAAAUUCCCCGGCUGGACUUUGGUUUGAGCAGCGGCCACGGCGACAAGGUCUCCCCCGUGAACCCGUUCUCCCUGGAAGAGAACGGCGCCGGCGAGGGCAGCUCGGGGCUGAGCGGCGUCGGCGCCAACGAGGGAGGGGACGAGUCUGUGGCCGUGGUGGGCUCCACCUCCAGCGUCAGCGGGCCGGUGAUCUGCGAGCACUGCGGCCUGACGUUCCCCUCGGCUCACUCGCUGGCCGUCCACUCGCGCUCCACCCACCUGCUGUACGUGUGCCCCUGCUGCGGGAAGCACUUCCACCACUCCACCAACCUCACCCGGCACAUGGCCGUGCACCGGGGGGCCGCCAAGGCCCACCAGUGCCCCCUGUGCUACAAGACGUUCACCCAGAAGUCCACGCUGAUAGACCACAUGAACCUCCACAGCGGCGAGCGGCCACACCGCUGCGCCUACUGCCACGCCCGCUUCGCCCACAAGCCCGCCCUGCGGCGCCACCUGAAGGAGCAGCACGGCAAAACCACCGGGCAGAACUCGCUGCACGAGCAGGAGGAGCUGGAGAGGGCGAGGGAGGCGGCGGGAAGGGAGCAGGAGCAGGAGGAGGAAGAGGAGCAGAAGGAAGAGCAGACAUGCCUGGUUCCUGAGCCGGAGUCAUGAGCCGGGACCUAAAAAAAAAAAAAAAAAAAAAAGUGGGGGGAAAAAAAUGAACUUUUACGUUUUUGUUACGUUGCAAACACAGAUUUCAGUGAAUUUUAUCGGGAUUUCGUGUGACAGGCCAACAUAAAGGUAGUGUACAAUUGUGAAGUAGAAGCAAAGAGCUACAUGUUUAAGAAUGUUUUACAAAUAAAAAUCUGAACAGUG